AUGCGGUUCGCCCUUCUCGCCGGCCUGGCCUCCCUGGCCUCCACUGUCUCUGCGACUGCUCUCACUUAUCGCCUUGAGGCUAACGAGAAGGCAUGCUUCUACACUGAAGUGGACCAGACCAACGCCAAGGUGGCCUUCUACUUUGCCGUCCAAUCCGGUGGUUCCUUCGAUGUCGACUACUCCAUCUUAGCUCCGGGCGACAAGAUUAUUGCCGCUGAGGAGAAGCAGCGACAGGGCGACUUUGUUUUCACUGCCCAGAGCACCGGCGAAUAUAAGUUCUGUUUCAACAAUGAGAUGUCUACCUUCGCAGAGAAGAUGGUUGACUUCGAGAUUGCUGUUGAAAACGAGCAGCGAGCUCAACUCCCCUCCCGCCAGGGCGCUACCCCCGAACAAACCUCUAGCCUGCAGGAAUCUAUCUACAAGCUCUCUGCACAGCUCUCUACGAUCUCCCGAAACCAGAAAUAUUUCCGUACGCGUGAGAACCGGAACUUCAGCACUGUCCGCAGCACCGAGCGUCGUAUCUUCAACUUCAGCGUCAUCGAGUCCCUGAUGAUGGUGUCGAUGGCUGCGCUGCAGGUCUUUGUUGUGCGGUUCUUCUUCCAGGGCGCACGAAAGGGUUAUGUGUGA